GGCAGCCUGUAUACUGAAGCUUUUGGGCAGCCUGUAUACUGAAGCUCAGAGCUAUGUUCCUGUUUUGCUGGAGAAUUUGCAUGCUACGGGAGAAAUACGGGGAUGUCUUUACUGUCUACCUGGGGUCUCGGCCUGCCGUCAUCCUGUGGGGGUAUGAGGCGAUGAGGGAGGCCCUGGUGGAUCAGGCUGAGGCGUUCUCUGGCCGAGGGCACAUCGCCAUCCUUGACCCCGUCUUCCAGGGAACAGGUGUGGUCUUUGCCAAUGGAAAGUCAUGGAAGGUUCUACGGCGAUUCUCUGUGACCACCAUGAAAGACUUUGGGAUGGGGAAGCGGACUAUUGAGGAACGAAUCAAGAAGGAGGCUCAGUGUCUGGUGGAGGAGCUUCGGAAAUCCCAGGGGGCCUACCUGGAUCCUCAUUUCCUCUUUAACUCCAUCAGCGCCAACAUAAUCUGCUCCAUUGUCUUUGGUGAGCGCUUUAAUUACCAAGACCCUAGACUAUUACGGCUGCUACAUUUACUUAAUGAAAUCUUCAUCAUUCUCUGCUCCUUCUAUACCCAGGUGUUUGAAAUCUUCCCGGGCAUCUUGAAACACUUUCCUGGCACACACACCCGCUUGUACAGCAUGCUUCAAGAAGUGAAAGAUUUUAUCACUGAGAACGUGGAGAGGCACCAGAAGAUGCUGGAUCCCAGUGGCCCUAAGGACUUCAUUGAUUCCUUCCUGCUUCGCAUGGACAAGGAGCGCUCAGAUCCUGAGAGUGAGUUUCACCAGGAGAACCUCAUUCACACGGUGCUCUCACUGUUUUUUGCUGGUACAGAGACCUCCAGCUCCACACUCUGCUUUGGGUUUCUACUCCUCCUUAAGAACCCUGAUGUCUUAGAGAAAGUCCAGGCAGAAAUCGACAGAGUGAUUGGUGCACACCGUCUCCCAGCUCUGGAAGAUCGGCCAAAAAUGCCUUAUACAGAUGCCGUCAUCCACGAGAUUCAGAGAUUCAGUGACCUAGUCCCUGUUGGUGUCCCCCACUCUGUCAUCAAGGACACUCACUUCCGCGGAUAUUACCUCCCUAAGGGCAUUACCGUGUACCCCAUCCUGAGCUCUGCCCUCCAGGACCCACGCCACUUUGAGAAGCCAAAUGCCUUCUAUCCUGGCCACUUCCUGGAUGCACAGGGCAAAUUCAGGAGGCCGGAAGUCUUCAUCCCAUUCUCCAUGGGAAAACGCCUCUGUCUGGGAGAGAGCUUGGCCCGCUCAGAGCUCUUCCUCUUCUUGACCUCUCUGCUGCAGAACUUCUCCUUGGGGUCUCCCAAGGCUCCUGAAGACAUCGACCUCACGCCCAGGGAGAAUGGGCUGGGGAGAGUGCCCCCUGUGUUCCAGGUCCGCUUCCUGCCCCGCAGAGGAGGGGGAGGGCAAGAAGAGGCACAGAUGUCCUCUGAGUCCUUGCAUCCGGCCCCUAACUCUGUCCGGAAUUAA